UUCCGGCAUUAGCUGUAGUCUCUCCCGUUACGCGGAGACACAAAGACUUGGUGGGCAUUGCGGAGGGAUGGACGCGGCUUGAUAGGCACGCCAAUGCCUCAGAGAGUCUUGUCUGCCAACCGCUCAUCAUGUGAGCUGCCCCUGGAUGUGUCAUGGGCCCCUGGGGACGCGCAGGAUGCUUGCACCUUGGACAGCGACUGACGUUGACUUGCUCUUGAGAAAGGGGCGCAGGUGCUUUGGGGCUGCUGAAUGACAGCCCCGCAGCCCCAACAUGGAGGCGGUGGGAGACUUCGAGUACUGCAGGAAGGACCUGAUCGGGCAUGGAGCCUUCGCCGUGGUGUUUAAAGGGCGGCACAGGAAGAAAACAGACUGGGAGGUGGCUAUAAAGAGCAUCAAUAAAAAGAACUUAUCAAAGUCACAGAUCCUGCUUGGCAAAGAGAUCAAAAUACUGAAGGAGCUGCAGCAUGAAAACAUUGUGGCUCUUUAUGAUGUCCAGGAAUUGCCCAACUCUGUUUUCUUGGUCAUGGAGUACUGCAAUGGAGGAGACUUGGCAGAUUAUUUACAAGCCAAAGGAACUUUGAGUGAAGACACCAUACGAGUCUUUCUGCAACAGAUUGCAGCUGCCAUGCGGGUGUUACAUAGCAAGGGCAUUAUCCACAGGGACCUGAAGCCUCAAAACAUACUUCUCUCGUAUGCCAGUCGGAAGAAGUCAACUUUUAGUGGCAUCCGGGUAAAGAUUGCGGACUUUGGCUUUGCACGUUAUUUACAGAGUAACAUGAUGGCUGCCACAUUAUGCGGAUCCCCAAUGUACAUGGCACCAGAAGUUAUUAUGUCCCAACACUAUGAUGCAAAGGCUGACCUGUGGAGCAUAGGAACUGUCAUUUAUCAGUGUCUGGUUGGCAAGCCACCUUUCCAGGCCAAUAGCCCUCAGGAUCUCAGACUGUUCUAUGAAAAGAAUAAGAACCUAGUCCCGAGCAUUCCUGGAGAAACCUCUGCUUACCUAUCCAACUUGCUGCUGGGUUUACUUCAGAGAAACCAAAAGGACAGGCUAGAUUUUGAGGGAUUUUUCAGUCAUCCUUUCUUAGAUCAGGUCUCCACAGUCAAAAAGUCCUGCCCUGUCCCAGUGCCCACGUACUCGGGGUCAAGUAUUUCGGGCAGCUCCUGUGGAAGCUCACCAUCUUGUCGCUUUGCAUCUCCUCCUUCUCUGCCAGACAUGCAGCAUAUCCAGGAAGAAAAUCUGUCAUCACCACCAUUGGGUCCUCCAAAUUACUUACAAAUCUCCAAGGACUCUGCCAGCACAAGCAGCAAGAACUCUUCAUGUGACACAGAUGACUUUGUCCUGGUACCAAGCAACCCCUCCUCUGACCACUCAUAUGAUAUGCCUACAGGGACAGCCGGGCGCAGGGCGUCUAGUGAGUUCUUGAUGUGCGGAGGGCAGUCUCCCUUGAAUAUAUCUGGCGUUUCUGGACAAACACAGAAGGCCCCUUGUAGCUCCUCUCGCUGUAGCUCUUCAGCUGUUACUACCAGACAGAACCAGCCUCAGACGUCACCACGCAGCGAGACGGCACCUAUUCCUGUCCCAACACAGCUACGGAACUAUCAACGCAUCGAGCAGAAUCUUUCAUCCACUGCUAGCCCGACAUCUAACCCGCAUGGGUCACCCAGAUCAGGGGCAGUGAGACGUUCCAAUACCAGCCCCAUGGGCUUUUUAAAGGUUGGCUCUGGGUCUCCAAGUUCAGCAGACGUGGUGUCAGCUACUGGACGCCGUCUAUCCACUGGCUCUUCACGACCGUAUUCUCCAUUAGUCGGAACCAUCCCAGAGCAGCUUGGACAUUGUUGCUGCGGUCAUGCUCAAGGCCACGAGUCCAGAAGUAGAAGCUCUUCAGGAGGUUCCCCAGUGCCACAGUCGCAGUCGCCUCAGUGUUUGCUGGGUGGAAGACUUCCAAGUGCCCCGACCCUCACAGACAUCUACCAGAACAAGCAGAAGCUAAGGAAGCAACAUUCAGACCCCGUCUGUCCCUCAUAUGCUGGACAUGGCUUUAGUCAUUCUCCACAGCCACCACGACCCGUCAGUCUUGGAGCGUCUCCUACAAAACACAUGGGAUCAUCCCCAAGGAGUUCAGAAUGGCUAUAUAAAAGCCCCUUGCCCACCAUCAUAGGAUCACCGACCAAGGCAACUGCUCCAUUCAAGAUCCCUAAAACACAAGCCUCAUCAAAUCUUCCCGCUUUGGUUACUCGUCAGGGAACUGUAGACACCCUCGUACAGGUCAAAGACUUGUUGGAACCAAGGGAUUGCUCUCAUUUCCAUUGCCCACAUGGGAGUGCAGAACAUGGCAAAGCAGUGUUUGGAAGGUCUGUGAGUGCCGGGAAACUGUCAGAUCAGACCAGCAGAACACUCCUGGGAGGACAGCAUUACCAGGGCAGCACAGACAGUCUGAACGCUGAGCGUCCCAUGGACACGGUCCCUUCUGGUGCUACAGGUGGUGUCCUCACAGUGCCAGUGAUGCCUCAUAGAGCAGUGAUGUUCACUGUUGGGUCUCCUCCCAGCAGCGCCACCCCUCCCACGUGUACUCACAUGAUGAUGAGGGCUCGUGCCACUUCAGUUGGUUCAAACAGCUCUGGUGGCUCCCUGUGCUCCACUAGUGGCCGCGUGUAUAUGGGAUCCCCAUCCGGAAUUCACAUGGGCUCCUCGCCUCCUGGAGCAGAUGCAGCACCAGCUCUAAGAUACAUGUCCUACGGCACAUCACCACCUAGUCUAGAAGAUUUCAUAACAUUUGAGGCCCCUGAACUCCCUGAGGAAACGCUCAUGGAGAGGGAACACACAGAAACUCUACAACACCUCAAUCUGAUGCUUGCCUUCAUCGAAUGCGUCAUGGAGCUGACUGCAAGCCGCGGUUGUAAUACUGAUCUCUGCUGUUCUGCUGUAUCCCUUUACCAGAUACAGGAAAGCGUAGUGGUAGAUCAGAUAAGCCAGCUGACCAAAGAAUGGGGACAAGUGGAACAGCUGGUACUGUACAUGAAAGCCGCUCAGAUCCUGGCAUCCUCCCUACAGCUUGCCAAAUCGCAGAUCAAAUCAGCAAAGUUGACCCCUUCAAGUGCUGUAAAGCAAGUGGUGAAGACCAUGAAUGACCGAUACAAGUUCUGCAUCAGCAUGUCUAAGAAACUGACUGCACAGCUACAUCGCUUUUUCUCCGACAAACAGAGAUUUGUGGAUGAGAUCAACAGCGUCACAGCAGAAAAAUUAAUCUACAAUUGCGCUGUGGAAAUGGUUCAGUCAGCUGCACUAGAUGAGAUGUUCCAGCAGACAGAAGAUAUUGCUUAUCACUACCACAAAGCAGCACUUCUUUUAGAAGGCCUAACAAAGAUCCUACAGAGCCCUGCAGACAUUGAGAACGUCCAUAAAUAUAAAGCCAGUGUGGAAGGAAGACUGUCUGCACUCUAUGGAGCAGUGGCUUUGUAUGAAUAGUAAUGGUAUCCAUUGGACUGCUGAAGAGCAAAGCAAGGGACCACUGUAGUGUAAUUCUGUGUAAAUAUACUUGUACAUCUGUAUCUGGAAAGAGGAACCAAAAUCUCCAUUGGUGGCUUUCCAGUUGGAAAUAAAUCAGGGGACUGCAGAAAGGCUGCCUUAUUUUAAAGACACUCCUCGCAAAACAUGCCUUUCAGUGUACAUGUAAUAUGGAAGGAAAUUUUUAACCUUGGAAAUGUAUUUUUCGCGAAUGAACUAUGGUUGCUCCAGGAGACAGGGUGGAGGUGAUGAAACCAGUAGGUAAACCUUCACAAGCAGCAACCCAGUAUUCCAGUAGUGAAGUGUUCAAUGUUUACCUACUCGCAUAGGGUUUCUGGUACAAUGUCUGAACCCAAAGGAUCCAUCCAACAGAAACGAAAGAGAAGCACUUUAUUUUGAGUAGGAAGAGAAGGCAAAAAAUCCUGAAACUCGACCAUGCAGAGUCUUGGUUCAUUUACUCUCCUUUUGAUGUGGCUACUUGAUGUUCUACUUUUAAACCAAUUUAUUUUGCACUAAUUUCUUAAAACUGUAAAUUAUUCUCUUGUAUGGAACUCUUAUCAAUAUGAAAAGGCACAAUGGAUUUACUGAAAAAAAACUAAAAAGUUAUCAUUUCAUUGUAUGUAUCAAAAAAGUUGGAAUUUAAUAUGUAGCUUCCUAAAAACUUUAAAAAAAAGACUUGUGACCCUUUUGUAUCGAUUUGUCUAAUACUUGAUUAUUAAUAUGUUUGUUUUCAAUAACGUUUUAUUUUGUCGGUAUUUGCUUUAUAUACAGGUGUUGUGAGUUGCAUAUAUAUUGGUUUGUGCAUGUGCUAUGUACUAACUCUAGUUCUCUAAUCGGGUGUUAUCCUACCAGACGUAAAUUUGUUCCAUGGACAGUGUUAGAGAAGGAAAACCGUGCUGUAACAUAGACAUGUGUGUGACUACUACUACUCUGUUACGUAUUAAUAGACAGUAGCUACUAUCAAUUAUUCCCCUAAAUCUGUAGUGUGGCCUGCAAAUGUUAGGGUGCAGUUCACAUGUCUUAACAGUAGAUGGCGCAGUAAGAGCAGCUCACAGCUAUGGCACCAAAGGUUAGUAGAAAAAACUGCUGUGUGACCUGUAGGACAAGAGUCAUGGUCACUGGAGGCCAGUACUUGGUAGAGUUUUAUUUUAUUUUUUGGAUUUUUUUUAUUUUUUAUAAAGAACAAUGGUGCCACACAUUCAUUUCAUGUGUAUAAUGCCACUUUUUUUUGUGGCAUUCCGUGGCCAUUUUGGAUAAGCCUUUUUGUCAUUUUUAAUUAUGUAAUGAAACUGCCAUAGCAAAAAUAGUCACACCUAAGUCCCAGGCUUUUGAAAUGGGCUCUUAUGCUUUUAUGUAUGUUUUAAUGGAAAAUUUUGAAAACAUUUACACCCUUAAUGAAAAAAAUAAUAAUAAUGUUUGUCACCCUUUUAAGUUUGUUGUUUUAGAUGUUAGGUUUUUGUGUGUAUUUUUUUUAGACGUAUGCAAGUAUUUCAUUUACAAAAAAUAUAACUGGCACAGUGGUCAUUUUUUAGAGGGAGUCUAUCACCAGUGACCCCCCUAUCAAGCUGUUUGCAUAGACACAUAGCUGUGGUUCACCUGAUUAAUACGCUGUUUUUCUUUUGUUGAUCGGAGACUCUGUUCCAGGGUUAUGGAACUUUUUCUUAAUAUGCAAAUUAGGCCUUUGGUGCAAUGUAGAGGUCACCAUUGCUCCUGUUGCACACAAGCUUCCCUCCUUUCUGUGGCAAUUCCUUCCC